CAAGUUCUUGUAAAUUUUAGUUGUGCCCUAGUUUUGAGCCACUUGUAUUUUUUUUCUUCAUCUUAAUUUCAGGAUUGUUCUUACCCAAAUAUCACCGUGUGAUGCCAUGUCAUCUAGAAGUAGAAAGUAUCCAUCAGGCAACGAAAAAAGAAAGAAAAGAAAAAGAGAAGAUGAGUUCAUAGCAUCACAGAAAGGAGCCCUUGAUAAAUUUGUUAAGGUGAAUUCAAACCCUUCAAGGAAUUACGAGGAACUGGCCAUAAUUGCAGUGGAGGAACAAAUUAAUGGAGGUUCAGAAGAAAACAUUGACAUCCAAGAAGAUGAUAACAAUGUGAGUGAUCCUGAGAACAUAGCUGAUCCAUCUGCUACAGAAUGUGCUAGUGUUGAUGAUCAACCAGUUUUUAGUACUGAUAUCUAUGAUCCAAGAAAUUGGGAAAAUCUUGACAACAAAUCAAGGGAUAUUUUAGUGGAGAAGGGGCAUAUAAGACAAGAAAAUCUUGAGUUUCCUUUAGAUGAUAACUCAAGGCAUUUUUCUUAUGCUUGCUGUUCUAAAAAGAUGAGCAACUGGGAGUUACAUGAUAGAAAAUGGUUGGUUUAUUCCAAGGAUGCUGACAGAGUGUUUUGCUUCUGUUGUAAGAUUUUCAAAUCUAACAAUAAUAAGAGUUCAAAUUCACUAUCAGGCAUUGGAUUUAGAGAUUGGAAGCAUAUUAGUGAGAGGCUGAAGGAACAUGAAAAUAGUUUUGAGCAUAUUACUUGCAUGAACACUUGGAAGGAGUUAAAAACUAGAUUGAGCAAGCAAAAAACAAUUGAAAAAGAUUUGCAACAGCAGAUCACAAAGGAGAAAGAACGUUUGAAGCAAGUUCUACUGAGAAUAGUUUCCAUUGUAAAAUUUAUUGGCAAGCGCAAUUUGGCUUUUAGAGGAUCGAGCGAGCAGCUUUACAAUGAUAACAAUGGUAAUUUCUUAGCUUGUGUUGAGAUGGUUGCAGAAUUUGACUUGGUGAUGCAAGACUCUGCCGGCUCCCCUCAGACGAAUCUCCCUCUGUCUGCUGUGUAG